GACUGGCACUAAGACUGAGGUGAGCUGUCAUUGACAUCUUCAUUUCAAAAAGGGUACACCUGCAAGAAAGGAACAUUGAUUGUAUAGGCAUGCUAUUCCCUGGAACGUUCUACUGCUCUGUUUCAGAAAAAAUAUUUCCCAGAAACAAGAUAAACGCCGCAGACUCCCCAAGGAGCAUCCCGAGCACCCUGAUGCCCUCAGGGAUCCCGUUCAGGUCUCUCAAACCCGUGGGUGCGCGCACAGAUCUCCCGCCGCAGCCGGAGCAUCCCCGCGCGUGGGCGCCCCGCCCGGGGCUCCCCUGGCCCCCGGUCCCCGCCGGGCCCGGCGCGAAGGAGUUAAGCUGGCCGGGACCCCCGCCCGCCGAGCCGGCUCCUGACGUCAGCCCCGCGCACGGCGCAGCGCUCGGCGCGGCGGCGGCGGCGGCGGGGGAGAGCCGCGGCGGCCGGGCGGCUGCGAGCGGCCGGGGCAGCGCUUGGCCGCCGCCCGCAGCCCCGCCAGCAUGUCCGCGAAGGAGCGGCAGAAGGGCAAAGUGACCAAGGACAGCGUCACCCUCCUGCCCUGCUUCUACUUCGUGGAGUUGCCCAUAUUGGCAUCUUCUGUUGUUAGCCUCUAUUUUCUUGAACUUACUGAUGUCUUCAAGCCAGUUCACUCUGGAUUUAAUUGCUAUGACAAGAGUCUGAGUAUGCCAUACAUUGAACCUGCACAAGAGUCUGUUCCCUUCUUGAUGUUGCUUAGUCUGGUUUUUGCUGGACCAUCAAUUACGAUAAUGAUAGGAGAAGGAAUUCUCUACUGUUGCCUGUCCAAAAGAAGAAAUGGGAUUGGAACAGAGGCCAAUAUUAAUGCAGGAGGAUGCAACUUCAAUUCUUUUCUUAGAAGAGCUGUCAGAUUUGUUGGUGUUCAUGUAUUUGGUCUUUGUGCAACUGCUCUCGUUACUGAUAUUAUACAGCUAUCAACAGGAUAUCAGGCCCCAUAUUUCCUGACUGUUUGCAAGCCUAACUAUACAUCCUUAAACGUAUCUUGCUCAGAGAAUUCAUAUGUUGUGGAGGAUAUUUGCUCAGGAGCUGAUCUCAAUAUUAUCAACGCUGGAAGAAAGUCAUUCCCUUCUCAACAUGCCACCCUGGCAGCCUUUGCAGCAGUGUACAUUUCGAUGUACUUCAAUUCUACAUUAACAGACUCCUCAAAGCUUCUUAAACCACUCUUGGUCUUUGCCUUUAUCAUCUGUGGAAUUAUAUGCGGUCUGACUCGUAUCACCCAGUACAAGAAUCAUCCAGUUGAUGUUUACUGUGGCUUUCUCAUAGGAGGAGGAAUUGCUCUCUAUUUGGGCCUCUAUGCUGUGGGGAACUUCUUACCAAGUGACGAGAAUGUGUUUCACCCAAAUUUUCACAGAGAACCUCUAAGGUCAUUGACAGACCUCAGUCAAGAUGCCAACAGAAUCCUGCCAGGUAAAAAUGGCAGCAGCAGCGAUGGCAUUGUCUCUCACCGUACGGAAAGUAUUCUGAAUAGAAACCACAGAGAUUCAGGCUCUCUGACCAAUCUCAAGAGGGCAAAUGCUGAUGUAGAAAUAAUAACACCACGAAGCCCAAUGGGAAAGGAAAACAUGGUUACUUUCAGCAACACUUUGCCAAGAGUCAACACACCAUCCUUGGAAGAUCCAGCAAGACGCAAUGCAACAAUACACGCAUCAAUGGAUUCUGCCCGUUCCAAACAGCUGCUGUCCCAGUGGAAGAACAAGAAUGAAAAUCGAAAGUUGUCCCUGCAAGUAAUAGAGACUGAAUCUGGCCAGUCACCACCAAGGGCUAUCGAAAUGAGGUCAAGCUCAGAACCCUCCAGAGUGGGUGUAAAUGGUGAUCAUCAUGGCCCAACUAGCCAAUACCUGAAAAUCCAACCUGGCAGUGUUCCAGGUUGUAACAACUCAGGUCUAACUGGUGGGCCAAGGGUCUCUAUUCAGUCCCGUCCUGGCUCAUCCCAGCUAGUACACAUUCCUGAAGAGACUCAGGAGAAUGUGAACACAUCACCCAAAACUAGUUCAGCUAGAGCUAAAUGGCUGAAAGCUGCUGAGAAGAGUGUUGCAUGCAGGAGCAAUAGCCAGCCAAGAAUCAUGCAAGUCAUAGCCAUGUCUAAGCAGCAAGGAGUGCUUCAGGGCAGUCCAAAAAGUUCGGAGGGAAGCACAGUGACCUGUACAGGAGCCAUCAGAUAUAAAACCUUGACAGACCAUGAGCCAAGCAGCAUUGUUAGAGUUGAGGCCCAUCCAGAAAAUAACAGACCUGUAAUUCAGAUGCCAUCAGAAGGUGAAGGAAGUGGGUCAUGGAAAUGGAAAGGUCCUGAAAAAGUCACUCUUCGUCAAACAUAUGAGCUAAAUGAUCUUAACAGAGACUCUGAGAGCUGUGACUCCUUAAAAGACACUUAUGGGUCAGGUGACAGGAAAAGAAGCAACAUAGAUAACACUGAGCAUCACCAUCAUGGAAUCACUACAAUAAGAGUCACACCAGUGGAGGGAAGUGAGAUUGGCUCAGAGACUCUGUCCAUUUCUUCUAGCCGGGACUCAACACUUCGAAGAAAAGGUAACAUCAUUUUAAUCCCUGAGAGAGGGAGCAGUCCAGAGAACACCAGAAACAUCUUCUAUAAAGGCACAUCCCCCACACGAGCGUACAAGGACUGAGAGGAGACAUAUCAGCUGGUCCAUGCCACCACCAAGUAAACACAUCUUGACACAGGUUCUGCUCCCUUUGUUUUGAGCUGAUAUUUACCCUUACGUGCCAAAUUAUUGACCAGCAGCCCUGCAUUGCUGAUAUGCAAUGGGCAUGAGCCUGUGAAAAGCAUGUGGUGGGGGGAAAAGCACAAUGCCAGAACUAAUGUGAAACAUUUUCAUGCAACUUGUUUCUUCAGAUUCAAAACUUUUAUCUGAGGGUGAUGAUGUCAAUUAAAAGAAUGGUCUUGAACACACUGUAUUUCCUGAAUGUGCCAACUUUUUAUUUUAUAUUUGUGUCCAAAAUUGACUGACUUUUUCACAGCAAAGGCUGUAUCAGUGGUAUAUAUUCACCUUUGCAGAAUUUGCACCAAAUCUUUAAUACAGGAUGGUGCUGAUGAUAACUUUACAUGUUUUGAAAAAUUGCAUAAUUAUUAGAUUCUGCAAACAUGACAUAUUGAUGUGCAGUUACUUUACAAGUAAUAUUGCUAAUACUAUGAUGAUGCUGGCUGCAUUCAUUUAGCGUAGGAAAUAUUUACAGCUUUGUUAUAGUGGAUCUGUCACAUUCAAAGAUUGCAAAGGUUUUGUGUAGUUCUUUAAGAUGUCUACUGCAACAAAAAUGUGUGGGUGACAUUCCAUUAGAAUGGAAUGACUAUCUAUUUUGAAUAGUUUUGCUGCUACUGCUCAACUUUUGUUUAAGAACAGGUGCUACUAAUGAAGAGGCUGCUUCUUAGUGGGCUAACUUGUAGAAUUGUUUUAAAUUACAUUUUAAGGGGUCUUAUCAAGUACUACAAGUGAUUCAGAUUUCACGUUUUUAAACUUCUUAUUCUGUCCUUCAGCGACCCUUCCAUUUUUCUAUUAGUUUUUAAACAAAUAAUGCAAGACACCAGUAACUGCAAGACGUGCAAACGUGAAAGGUGAGCCAUGAGUAAAUAAAAGUAGAUGGCAACUUUCCUAACCAGCUUCCAAGGAGACAGGAAUUAAUAUCAUAGCUCACACUUAGAAGCAGUCAUUCACCUCACUUGCUUAGUAUGCCACAAGAACAAUCACAAGUUUCACCCCAAUCACCAUCACGCAGGGGAUUUGUGUUUCGGUUUAAAGAAUGGAAUGCCUUGGUAUUGCAGAAUCACUGAACAAGUGUUGCAUUGUGCCACUACUACAGUUCACCUCCCUUGAGACACCCUCCAGAGCCUUCUUAAGCAUGAUAUUUUUCCCACCACUGCCACUUAAGAAUAUAAAAGGUCUCUGCACCUGAGAAAACAUGAAUUAUUUUAGUAAACUGAGUUUUGGAUAUAAUGAAAAAACUUGCCUGCUAAAAAUCUCCAUUGCCAAAAAUUAUUGAAAGAAUAAGCUCUGAAAGGAAUAAACAUGGCAUGGCCUGCUAGAAGAAAUGCCUCAUUUCAUUUGGCUCUGACUUAAACCCUGAAGGAAGCCAGGGGCAGUGCUCACCCACUGCAGCUCUUCACUCUCUCCUAUUUCUACCUGAAAAAGUGCUACUCUCAGUCAGCUGGCAGCUCCCCUGCUAGAGGGGGAAGAGAAUGGCUUAGCAGUCCUUCUCACUGAAUAAGAAGAUCAGGUCUGUUCUCUGGCUUUUUGAGAGAAGCGUUUUGGUCUAAGUCCUCUUUUCAUUUAAAGUAUCAGAGAACCAGAUACAUUCUCUAUAGUCAGAACCUGUAUACAGACCCUACCUACCCACAGAACUCUAAGGAAAGGCCCUCCCUACCCCAGGCACGUAGGAGGUAGAAGGAAGAAUCAUCCUGUUCAAGAAGAUAAACAGCACAACACAAACAUAGACCAAAAAAAACCAAAAAACCCCAAUGACGUAAAACCAAACAACAAAACAAAAACCCAAAAAAAGACCUCCAAACCAAAACAAAAUCCCAAACACAGCCCCAAACCUAAGUCAUUUCACAAGUAUGAGGAUGGUGUUUGAGAGUCAAUGGAAAGCUUUACGUGUAUUUCCCAGUUCUACAGGUGCUCCAGGCUUAGCUGAAUGCUUGCUGUCAAGCCAACUGUGCCAAGCUAUGCUUCCCUCACCUGCCCAUCACCCAGUGCUGUGGAAGAGUGUCAGUCCUUAAGGAAAUCACCACACUCUUUCUGUUACUGAUACAAGAUGACCCCAUCACACUUAGGAUGAUUGGGAGAAAGUAUUCUGCAGGCUGCAUGUAAGAAGCUACCCAGUAGGGUUGCAGCAUAUUGUGUAUGUUAAAAGCACUGUAUGUUGAAGACACACUUUAAGGCACAUCAGCUGGGGAAAAUAAUCAUAAAUACCAGGAGAAAAAGAAAAAAAAAAGUAAUUUUUUUAGAAAUAAUUUCUCAGAUGCUAGUCUUUACAAGUCAGGAGUUGUUUUUUCUUUUCAAAAGGAUGUAUCUUUAGUCCUUGGUAUUUAAUAUGAAAUUUUGUACAAGAUUCCUAGGAAUUAAAAACACUUGGACUGUCAUGGACAAAACCCUUUGGCUUUAGUUUAGUCUAGGUACAGGGUAAAGGAGGUAGGAUUAGCUUUAAAGGAAUGGGUAAGACACAAACACUGUUGGCCUAUCAGUGCAGGGAAAUAAGAUGCAAUCAUUUGUUAGUUUGUAAGUGCAGGGGAAAAGAACGUAAGUAGAUGAACCUGGAAAUAAAGGAAAAUUGAAAUGGAGAAUAAUGGCAAUAAAGCAAAGAUUAGAAAACGUUCCCUCUGGCAAUUUAGCUGUUUUGGAAACAGCAGGAUUCCUGGUGGGAGUGUUUGUUCUUUAUUCCUUGGUUUUAGUCAGAUAUAUAUUGGCAUAUAUGUUGCUUUUAUUACUCUAAAACUUGCUGCACUAUUUCAAGUGCAGUGUGAUAUUUUUCCUAAAGUUUCCUAUUUCUUAAGAAAAGAUUUUAAAGCUCUUGUGUAAUCAUUGAAAUUAUGUUCUAUACAUAAAUAUUGAUAUAUUCUUUUUUACUCAAAGUGCCAAAGGCUACUGUUUUUAAUAAUGGCUUAUCAAAUUAUAUUACGUUAGAGAGCAGAAAUGUAAUAAUAUAUACAUUGGAACUCAGACCUCUGCAUGUAUAUUUGAUAAGGAGCCUUUUGUAAAAUUACUCUUUGUUUACAUUCCACUGGUACCUUAAUUUAAAAUUAAUCAAAUAAAUUGACAGGUGACAUCUUCUUAGUGUUCUGAUUUUCUUACUUGCUAACAGGCACGAUUUUCUUUGUUAGGCUGUGCUUUACUGAGAAAAGAAAAUACUUAAAAAUAAAAUAUGUUUUUAAAUGAGAAUUCUCUAUAUAAAGUAUUGUGUUUAAUAAAAUGUUAUGCCAUGUUUUCAAAUGGAAAAUAAUUUGUAAAUUGCUAUAAAUGUAUUUUGUUAAAUAAGUACAGAUCAAUGCUACUGUGUGAGUUUAUUGUGCUAACAUCAUGAAAUAAAGAUAAAAUUCCUCAUC